AUGAUUGGUUGGUCGCGGAUUGGGAAACCUUCUAAUUUGUUAUCUGCACUUCAUCGUAUCAAAGUUUUGGAGGCUUCAGCUAACUCUUGUCUUAAGGUGGAUAUCAGUUGGAUUUUUGGAUUGGCUAUUUGUUGGACUAUAUGGGCUUGUCGGAAUUCUAUUAUCUUUGAGGUGGUUUCGUUUGUCAAUUUUGAUGGGUUGGGCUCAAGCACCAUGCUCCUUUAUAAAUUGUCACUCGCUUUUUCGUCACAGAAUGUCGAAAACAUGAUAAGUGACAAUGCAGAUUCUGAUACUAAUGAUGGUAUUGUGUUUGAUAUUGAUCCUAGUUUGCUUGUGGAUUAUGAUAAGAUAGUCAUUGGUGACAGGAUCGGCAAAGGGUCGUACUCUCUUGUAUUCAAAGGAUGGUAUGAAGAUCGCCCUAUAGCCAUUAAGGCUAUACAUAAAAAAUGUAAAGCCAAAUUUGAAAGGGAGGUAAAGGUUUUAUCUAAGAUUCAACAUACAAAUGUUGUCAAGUUUAUUGGAGCUUCCGUAAAACCAUCCAUGAUGAUAAUCAUAGAACUACUAGAAGGUGGUUCACUUCAGAAAACCAUGAACAAUAUGUAUCCAAUAACUUUUUCAUUGGAACAAUGUUUGAGUUAUGCUCUUGAUAUUUCACAAGCUAUGGAGUAUUUGCAUUCAAAUGGCAUCAUUCACCGUGAUCUCAAACCUGGUAAUUUAUUGCUUACAAAAGACAAGAAUAAUAUUAAACUUGCUGAUUUUGGGAUAGCUAGAGAUAAUAUAUGUGAUGAGAUGACUUGUGAAGCUGGUACUUACAGAUAUAUGGCUCCUGAGAUUUUAAGCAAAGAUCCACUUCCAAAAGGAGCAAAGAAAAGCUAUGAUCACAAAGUAGAUGUGUUCAGUUUUGCAAUGGUUCUUUGGUCUAUGAUCAAAAAUCAAGUUCCAUUUAAAGAUAGAUUUGAUUUAAUGGCUGCAUAUGAUACAUUAAAAAAUAUGAGACCAUGUUUGGAUGAUUUUCCAGAAGAUAUAACUCUCUUGCUUCAAACAUGUUGGAUGGAAGACCCAAAACUUAGACCAGAAUUCAAAGAAAUCACUGAAACACUCAUAAGGAUUCUGCAUAAUAUACACACCAAAAAGAUUAAUGAACUUUCCAACAUAAAAGUUGUUGAAGAAGUUGAUAGCGAAAGCGAGGAAGAAAUAUCAAGGGGAAAAUAUACUCUAUCCAGCUUUGAAUCUGAUAAGGAGAGUGAAAACAUUCUCAAACUUGAGAACGAGACUAUAAAACCUAAUGGAGAAACUGAUGAUGAAUCUCAUAGUGGAACAAUGACAUCAUUAUCUAACUCAAUAGAAAAGAAGUCCAAAAAGAAAAGUAAGAUCAAGCGUCUUUUUUCUUCAUGCAGUUGCAUUGCAUUCUGA